GAAGCCCUUCUUCAUUACGUUCGCCACCAUAUGCGGCGUCGUCCCCGGGAUUAUUGGUUACGCCGUGAUGCAGCUCACCAACUCUCGCAACCCUGAGCUCGAAGCCCGUCUCCGCAACAAUCCCCGCCCAGAAACAAUCCGGUUGAGUCCUAAAUGACAAAAGGGAGUGCAAUCCUCUUGAUGGGUGUAUUGUCCAAUGCUUCUGAUAUGCCCUUCAUGAUAGCCAACAUCUAGAUCUUUGAGUUUUAGUUUCAGAUACAGAAUUAAAAAAGUAAUAUGAUCAUGCCCUUCAAUGUCACACAUAUUUUCUAAAUUAUGAGAGUAGCAUGAUCGUUCCCUUACAUGGAUGGUAUGGAAUCGUGUAUACCAGGCUUCUACAUAAAUGAUUUAAAGCACAUAAACAUGAGGAGAGUGAAGGGAGAAAAAUCCAAUAUGCCCGAACAAAUUUUGGAGAUCAAGAUGAUGGGGAAAGCAAAUCGAGAGAGACUGGCAGAAUACCUUGGGGAGCUGCAGCGGAAAGAGGAUACAAAUGACCGUUAUGUUGCUGCUCUGAGAGGAGAAACGUUGACUAGGAACCCUUAUGUGAGAAUACAACCAAUCCCUAAACCAAGCAACACUGGGGCUGAAAAGGAGCAAAAGGCCGAGAAGUAACAAAAGUAGAUGAUGAGGUGGGUCUACUGAUGAUGUGAAGGCUUUCUGUUUGUGGGUAUGUUUAGGUUGUCAUUGGAUGAGUAAUGGAAGGUUUCACUCUUUUUGAAUGAUAUUCAACAUCUGUUCAUUGUGACGAGACAAGUAAUUAAAAUAUUUGUCUUUGGAUGUCAUUCAGCAUCUACUGGGCUGUGUGCUUGUUCUGUAAUGUUUCAUGAUAUGGGAGAACUUUUCCCUUCCAUGGUAUAAUAUAUAAAAUGAGAUCUAUCUUAUGUUCUUUA